UCAGCAGGAGGAGGAGGAGGAGGAGGAGGCCGCCCCUAGCCCCCAACUGCCAGGCAGGGCAGGGCAGGGGGGUCUGGUCCUUCCCUGUGUCGGUGCCCCUGGCCCGGCCCGUCCCGUCCCGUCCCGUCAUGGGCCGGUGCUGCCUGUACUUGGUGGGGACCCUGGCCUUGCUGCUGCUCGUCACCAGUGUCACCCUGCUGGUGGCCCGGGUCUUCCAGAAAGCCCUGCAGCUCCACAUCAGCCAGGAUAUCGUGCUGAAGAACGGAACCGAAGCUUUCGAGUCCUGGGAGAAUCCCCCCUCGCCGGUGUUCAUGCAGUUCUACUUCUUCAACGUGACCAACCCGAGUGAGGCCCUCCGCGGGGAGACCCCCGAGGUGGAGGAGGUGGGACCCUACACCUACAGGGAACGCCGGCCCAGAGAGAACAUCCGCUUUUGGGAUAACGGAACCAAAGUGUCCGCCAUCAACCCCAAAACCUACAUCUUCGAACGGGACCUGUCCGUCGGAGACCCCGCCGUUGACCUGAUCAGGACUAUAAACAUUCCCACAGUGACGGCCAUGCAGUGGGCCAAGAACCGCUUUCUGAAGGAGAUCAUCGAAGGAAUCCUAAAGGGAUUCCAGCAGAGCCUGUUUGUGACGCAUUCCGUUCACGAGUUGCUGUGGGGCUACAAAGACGAGGUGCUGUCCCUCAUUAACGCCUUCCGGCCGGACGUCCCCCAAUACUUCGGCUUGUUCUACAUGAAAAACGCAACAGAUGACGGAGAAUACCUCUUCUUCAGCGGAGGGGAUGACUAUCUUAACUUCAGCAGGAUCGUGGAGUGGAACGGCAGAACGUCUCUCGACUGGUGGGCGACGAAGAGAUGCAACAUGAUCAAUGGCACAGAUGGGAAUUCCUUUCAUCCCUUAGUCACCGAGGACGAAGACUUGUACAUCUUCUCAUCGGACUUCUGCAGGUCGGUGUACGUCUCCUUCACCGACGCCGUGGACGUGAAAGGCCUCCCGGCGUUCCGGUUCAAGAUCCCCCCUGAAAUUUUGGCCAACAACUCUGACAACGCCGGCUUCUGUGGGCCGCAGGGACGCUGCCUCGGCUCGGGGGUCCUCAACAUCAGCGUCUGCAAGGACGGAGCCCCCAUUUUUUUAUCCGCCCCCCACUUCUACCAGGCAGACGAGAAGUUUGAAGCAGCGAUUAAAGGCCUGCGGCCCGAGAAGGCCAACCACGAGACAUUUCUGGACAUCAACCCGGUGACCGGCAUCAUCCUCAGGGCCGCCAAGCGAUUCCAGGUCAACGUGUUCGUCCAGCAGCUUGAUGACUUCAUUGAAACGGGAAACAUUAAAACCACCCUCUUCCCCGUGAUGUAUCUGAAUGAGAGCGUCCUGAUUGACGACGAGUCCGCCAGAAAGCUCAAGUCGGUGCUCAACACCGUGAUGGUCGUCACCAACAUCCCAUAUAUCAUCAUGGCCCUGGGAGUGUUUCUGGGACUGCUGUUCACCUGGAUGGCAUGCCGAGGGCAAGGAUCCAUGAAUGAGGGAACGGCCGACGAGAGAGCGCCGCUCAUCAGGACUUCCUAAGGCCCCGCUCCGGCCCCGUGGAGGCAAGCGAAGGCCGCAGGCUCCCCGUUCCGGGCCUCCGCCCACCGAGCGGCCUCCCUCGGUCUUCCCGGGCCUCGUGGCGGACGGGGGGCGCUCAGUUGGGCUCCCUCCCUCCGCCACCCGCCGGCGGGUUCGGUGGCCGGGCCUCGGCCGUCGACGACGACGACCACCCCGCCGCUCGUCGUGGCAGCCCCGGCGGAAGGCCCCGCAGCCCGCCGUCUCUCUCUCCGUCCGUCUGUCUGUCUGUUUCCCUGUGGCUCGGUAGGUGUUUAGCAAAUAAACCCGCCUCUCGGGUCACGGGGCGCUCCAUAAAUCCUCGUUCCCGUGUCCCCACUUUUCCCGUUAGAGACCCUCCAACCCCAGCUCAGCCAAACCCCGUCCGUCGCCCGCACCUCGCUUCGCAUCUUGACGCGAUCAGGGUAGCCGAGCGGUCUGAGGCGCCGCGUUCGGGUCCCCGCUUUCCUCUACUUGUCCUUCCCAAGCGCUUAGUCCAGUGCCCUGCACACAGUGAGUGCUCAAUAAAUACGAUUGAUUGAUUGAUUGAUUGAUUGGAGGCGAGGGUUCGAGUUCCACUCCUGACAUCGGCGUGGCUCAGUGGAAAGAGCGCGGGCUUGGGAGUCAGAGGUCGUGGGUUCUAAUCCCGGC